GUUGGGGCAGGUUUAUUUGGAAGUUGAUUGGAUUACAACCUCACAAGAGAAAUUUUCUGUCCCUUGUAACAGAGUGGAUGAGCUGGAAUGGAGUUGAGCUGCUGCAGGCAGGUUGCUCCCACGCUGCUGCUGUGUGCAGCAUGGCUCUCAGUGUGUCUGGACACAUCAGCCUCUUGCUUGUGGUAAUAGGUAAGAGCUUAGAGCAGCAGGAGCCUCCAGAGCUAAGGAGUGCAGUUAGGAGGGCACGCACUGAGGCUGAAUUUUUGUCACUGUUUCGUUGGUGGGUGUUUGUUGUCAAGAAAGGCUAUCAGGAUACGGACACAUCCCUGCAGAGCUCUGUCAUCACCAAGCUGAAAGGGGUGGCGUUCACCAACACCUCGGAGCUGGGGGAGAGGCUGUGGGAUGUUGCAGACUACGUCAUCCCUCCACAGGGUGAAAACGUCUUCUUUGUCAUGACAAAUUUGAUUGUGACCCCAAACCAGAGACAAACCACGUGUCCUGAGGUAGGAAGAACUGAGUCCUUUGGCUCCCAGACCCCUACAAAACUGGGGAGUGUAAACAUUCCUGAUGCCUUGUGUUAUGAGGAUGAAGACUGCCCUGCAGGGCAAGCAGUGGUGGCUGGUAAUGGGGUUAAGACUGGCCGUUGUUUGAAAGACAGGGACAACAUCAGAGGUUCUUGUGAGGUAUUGGCCUGGUGCCCAGUGGAGAAAAGAUCCAAGCCCAAGAAACCACUUCUCGCCAGUGCAGAAAACUUCACUGUUUUCGUCAAGAACUCGAUCCGGUUCCCCAAGUUUAAAUUCUCCAAGAUGAAUGUGCUGGCCACCAACAAUGAGUCCUACCUAAAGACCUGCCACUACAGCAAGGAGCAUCCCUACUGCCCCAUCUUCCUUCUGGGGAACAUCGUCAGAUGGGCUGGGAAUGACUUUCAGGAAAUGGCUUUGGAGGGUGGUGUGAUAGGAAUUCAGAUUGAAUGGAACUGUGAUCUUGAUAAAGCCCCUUCUGAAUGUAAUCCCCACUAUUCUUUUAGCCGUCUGGAUAACAAGUUUGCAGAAAAGUCUGUCUCUUCUGGGUACAACUUCAGGUUUGCUAAAUAUUACCGGGAUGCUGAAGGGAUUGAGUACCGGACACUCUUUAAAGCAUAUGGAAUCCGUUUUGAUGUGAUGGUGAAUGGCAAGGCAGGGAAAUUUAACAUCAUUCCCACUGUCAUCAACAUCGGUUCAGGGCUAGCUCUCAUGGGAGCGGGAGCUUUCUUUUGUGACCUGGUGCUGCUCUAUCUGAUUAAAAAGAGUAACUUUUAUCGAGGCAAAAAGUAUGAGGAAGUAAAGUCCAGUUCCAGGAAGUCAUUGAAUAGCCCUACUCUGAAUGGGAAUCAGAGCCCAGACCAACUCGGUGGGCUCUAGACAUGAUGAUGGGUCUGUCAACUGGAAUCAUGUUCCAGGAAAACUACACAGGUGUGAAAUGACACUGGGACUGGGAGGUGGAGCCACCCCAGAUCAGAUCUACCGUCCAUUAUUGGGACUUCCAGAGGAAAAAUGUCCUUUAAAGAACACCCUGUUUUCCCUGAGACGUUCUCUGAUAUCUUGAGCUUGCAACACCUGUGUUCAUCACUAUGGAUUUAUAAAAGGAUUUUGUAAGAGGAAAAAGAAGGCACCAAAUGAAUGUUUUUAUAUCUAUUGAUAGAUCUAUCCGUGCCACCAUUAUUCUGUGGCUGUGCUUUGCUUCCAAGUGCAAAAGAGAAGUGUUGUGAAACACCACUGACAUUUUCAGGAGGGUCGUGGCCAACAAUAAACUCGUCUCCUGCUCCGCCAGCUUGCAGCCACAGCUCCCAGCUCCCGCUUUUCUUAUUUGCAAGAUUAGAUAUAAAGCAGCAGGACUGCUCUUGUCAGGAAGUGCAACGAAAUGCAGCAUUGCAGAACUGUAGCAACUGUGUCCAGAAGAAAGUGGUUCAUCAUCCUGUACUGCCCAAUUACUCUUAUUGCCCUGUUUUUGUUGUAACCAUCAGAGCUAGGAGCGGUGCUCCUCCAGGGAAAGCCUUUACAACUGCUGCAACAAGGUGCUCUGCUCAUCUCUCCUGGGAACGUCCGCAGCAGUGCCUGCCACAGCUCUGAGUGGAGAACCAGCUACCUCAUCUGCUACAUAGAUUCUCCAUUUAUAGUUAUACCCAAAUAGCCAGUAUUUCAGAGGACAGAAAGGAUGACAGCGCGCAGAGGAGUAUUUUAUGGACAGGGAGAGUAUUAGUAAUAUUAGUAGUGCUGUGGAGAUUGAAAAGUGAAACUCUGUCAGGUCAAACAGGCUUUGCUGGGUUCUUCCAAAUGCAACAACAGAAGGAAAAAGUAGAAGACAGACGUCCACUAUUCUAACAUUUCAGUAUCUUCCAAGAACCACAGGUGCUUCGUUGUUUCUCAAGAGAAAACUAAGUCACUGCAACCCACUUUGUGAAUUUAUGCUCAAGGAGGGAUGCAAUUACUCUAAGAGGAGGAAAAUGAUUACAAAAUAAUGUUAUUUUCUUUUAAAGUUUGGAUUUGCUUGAGCUGACAGGAACUGACUCACUAAGGCGGUAGGUGAAUAUUCCUCUCUUGGAAAUAUUAGUCCUUUCACAAGGUUUAAAGGCCUCUUGCUGCAGUGUCCUUGCUAGGACAGUUGUAGGGAGGAUGGCAUUGCAGGUAGCUGCUGUCACCUGCUGUUACACACAGAUGGAAUCAGAAUGCAACACCUACCUCUGCUUCAAUUUCUCAAAAGUGUUUGUUCUGAGCAAUUUUUUUUGUUUUGUUUUGUUUUUUUGGUCUAAAUGAAAACUCACCUGUGCUAGAAGUGGCAAACUUCCAACUCAGUCAUUAAUAGCAAACCCCACCCAGUCCAGUCUUCUCCCUCUGCUCCAGCUUCUGGGCAGAUGUGAGUAAAUAUCAACUAGUCAAACAUUUAGCUAGAAAAUGGAAUUAAACACUGGAGUGACAAUAGUUUAGGAUAAGCUACAUACACCUGGUGCUGUAUUUACAAUGAAAUCCUCCCCUUUGACCCAGAACUCUUGACAGAUAUGCAGCACCCUGCAUAUAAUGGAUAGAUGACACUAGCCAGGCCUACUGGAACUACCCUGCCAACGAAAAAACACAGAGCUUUUUCUAUCAGGGCCUAGUUCUAUUUAAAUAGUUUCUAGAUGGUAAAACAUGUAGUAAACCCCCCACGUGACAUCAGGCCAAGGUGCAACUCAGUGACCAGAUAGUUCACCAUAACAUGUGUAGCUGACUGUGCCCAACUGAAGCCAAUGCUUCAACUUGACAGAAUUAUGUCCUUCUUAGACAACCAAAGCUUUUUCCUGAAUUUAAGUCUUCACAGGCUUCAGCAUCCCCAAAACUCACUAGAAUAUCUCCCUUAGUUAUAGCAUUCAUUUGCAGUUAAUAACAAUUGCAGUUAAUAAAACAUAAACAGCUUUCCUCUCAGGAUCUUGUUUGAUAUUUUUUUUUUGUAUUUGAAGUACAGCAAUAAGGUUUGUCACUUUGGGGCAGUGCUCUGUUAAGACUCUGCUGUAAAAUAUAUUAUUUAGGUUGCACAUGCCAGUAUCCUUUGUGAUACAUGCUUAUGCAGAACAAUUCAAUUAAGAGUUUAGAAUGUAUUUGAAAAGUACAAGUCUAAACAUACUAAUUAAUGUGCAAAAAGCAGCAGAUGGCAUGAAAAAGCAUACUAGUGAGGGAGUUAAAGGCUUGACUGUUUUUUCUUCCCCAAAAAGAAACACAACUUAGGCAAUGCUGACAAACCCCAUUUUUGUACAACCCUGUCUUUUGCUAGAACUCAGUUUUUCUGUAAAAUAUUUUUGAACACAGAACCUAAUGCUGUAAAAUCUUUGUAUAACAAACAGGUAAUAUUUUAUAGUGUUCUGGUGAAGUGAUGACUGACCCAAAGACCAGACAGCCAGAUGGCACAAGGUGUGGUUGUAGAAUAUGUGACAAAACCCCGUCGCUGCACAAGAGUUUGCUUGCUGCUUUCAGCUGAAAGGCAUUAAACAGCAUUUGCACAAGCAGCUCCAGAGCAAAGAGACUUCACUGCUUUAAGGGGCAAUCAAAAGUUCCUUUCAGAUUCUGUCAGACAGAGUACCACAACAACUGUAACGGCUGCAGAAAAUGCCAGUCGCUGUAACAAGUGGGUUCAGUACAGACUGAG